GCCAAUAAAAGAGGAGUCCUUGCAUGCUAUCAACCCAGUCUCCCCUCUCUUCUCAUUUUUCUCUUCGUCACGAAUAUACUAUCAUUUACUCGUAGACUUGGGUCUUUCCCUUGAUUCUUCUCCCAGUUCUAGCAACCAUCUUUCCAUUUCCUGUCUCUCAAGCAUUUUACCGAGCACUUAAUGAACCCAUCAACUUCGUCGUCGCCUUCCAAGGCCAAAAGGAAGCAAAUGGCGACAACAAGCGCUAAGACACCAGAGCAACAACAUGGAACGGGGUGGGGAGGAAGGUACCUGGGUGUCCGGAGAAGGCCGUGGGGAAGAUACGCGGCAGAGAUUAGAGACCCUUCGACCAAAGAAAGGCACUGGCUUGGCACCUUCGACACUGCUGAGGAAGCUGCCUUGGCCUACGACAGAGCAGCGCGCUCCAUGCGCGGCUCUCGCGCUCGAACCAAUUUCGUCUACUCAGAUACUCCGCCUGGCUCUUCCGUAACCCCCAUUGUCUCUCCUGAUGAAGAAGCCCACCAGAACCACGACUUCUCUUCUCUUUUCGCUUCGAACUUGCUCUCUCAGCAGCCCAACCCGACUGAUCGGCCGACGGAAUGCGCUCUCUCGGGCGGGCUCUUGGGGAUUGAGGACAGUGAUGCCUGGGCAGUUUCUUCGGAGAUUUAUUCCCAGCAAUAUCAAUCACCCCCGAUGGACGUGCAUAAUGUGCCCCACUUCCGCCAGUUGUAUGAUGAUAACAGCACCGAGCUCCCUCCAUUGCCACCGGAUAUUACAACCUCCAUAGGUUACGAAAUGGGCCAUGAGUUUUACGAUAAUGGCUUCGGAUACUCAGAGCAAGGCACGGGAACGGGAUUCGAACCAUCAACCAGCUGGCCUUCGUGCUCAUAUAUGGGCUUGGAUUCGGGUGAUUACAUGCAUAGCCCACUGUUGAGCACAGUGCCAACGGUGUCAGAAAAGAUGCCGGAGGGUUUUGAUUUGGGAAGUUCCUCGUAUUUCUUCUGAGAAAUGAUUCAACAAUUUGCUGAUUCCGUGGAUGGUCACUGGGUCCGUGCCUCUAGUAGUUUAAACUUUCAAGUCUGCAAAUGAGUUCGGUGUGUAAGUGGGCUUUAUUUGCCCAGAAGUAAUGGGCCAACCCUAUGGCCCAUCCUCUUCUAAUUUGGUUUUCCGUCCACAAUAAAGAUCCACCCAGACAAACCGUUUUACCCGGUGGGAGAGGAAUAUGCUUCAUGCUUCCUCCAGUUUUAUUUAUAAUUCCAUCACCCUUUUUUUUAUUUCUCAUUUAAAGUUAUUUUAAGAAAGUGUGUCAUCAAAGUAUAUAUGUUUAAUAAGAAUAAAAUUAUAAAUUUAUUAAAAAAA